CUGGCACCAUGGAGAUCGUCUUGUUCGCUCUUCUGCUGAGCGCCACAGGUAACUGCUCUCCGCACUGGCCUCUCCUUUCUCCUUGUUCUAACUCCCCCAGGCUAAUCCCCAUCCAUCCCAUUUGCCUUGCAGCAGCCUCACAGCUGGAGGAUGAUGAUAAGAUAAUAGGUGGAUAUGAGUGCUCGCCCCACUCCCAGCCCUGGCAGGUCUAUUUCACAUAUGGCUCAAACCAACGCUGGUGCGGGGGGUCACUCAUCAAUGAGUGGUGGAUCGUCUCAGCAGCUCAUUGCUACAAAACGCCCAGGACCCUGGUGGCUCAUCUCGGGGAGCAUGACACCAGUGCAGACGAGGGCACUGAGCAGCAUAUCCAAGUGGCCAAAGCCAUCCAGUUCCCCCAGUACAACCAAUACACCCUGAAUAAUGACAUCAUGCUGGUGAAGCUAGCCCAGCCGGCCCGGUUUGGUGCCUACGUGCAGCCAAUCCCCAUCUCCAGCAGCUGCCCUGUGCCAGGGACGGAGUGCCUGGUCUCUGGCUGGGGGAACCUCCUCACAUCUGACGUUCAGUACCCGGAUGCCCUACAGUGUCUGAAUGUGCCCAUCCUCUCUGACUCUGCCUGCCGUGCCGCCUACCCUGGUCGCAUCACCACGAACAUGUUCUGUGCUGGCUACAUAGAAGGGGGCAAGGACUCUUGUCAGGUAUGGAGGGAGCGGCUGGUUAGGUUUGUGGUGUGUGAGGAGGUUGCCUUUCAUUCAGCUGCCCUGGGGUUCAAAGCGAAUGCUGUUUCCUCACUACAGGGCAAGCAAUCACCGUGCUUGGGUUUUGCAAGUACAAGGACAAUGAGCUCUAGACAUGUGUCCUGGGGAUGUCAGGAUUGGGUGAUCAUGAUGUCAUUGGCAUCAUUAUAGGGUGCACUUGCACGUUUCUGGGAUAUUUCCUCUCAGUGGAGCCAGGUGUCUGUGUGUGUGCGCGCACGCGAGUGAUAGGGUGUUCAUGUGUGCAGAGGCAUAUGGGCGGGUUUGUGCAGAGAGGUGUGUAUGUCAAGGGGUUUGUACACAUUACUAUUUAAAGAAGGUGGUGUGUGUAAGUGUGCGUGCACAGGGGUGUCUGUGUGCUAGUAUACAUGUGUGUAUUACUAGUGCCUGAGAGCGGGUUCAGGCCCCGGUGAAAAAAAAUU